AUGACAAGUUAUUACAACCCCAGCUGCGAGCGGUAUAUUCAAAGGACCAAUGAUUCAACGUCACACAGACUUAAAAAUGCUUACUGGACUACCAAACAAGCAGUUAUUAAGAAACUGCGUCGAAAGCAAGACGAAAAUAUUGUAGCUUCCGACUCCGAUCUUGACGCAAAGUUGGAGGUAAAAAACACCCUAUUUAUCACUCCUUUAGCUGUUAAAAUCUGUUCAGUUGACAUGUCGAGAUCUUGA